CUCUCCUCCUCCUCCUCCUGUCACUGUGGCUGAGAUAAAUCCUUCACUGCUUCCUCCACAUCAUCACAAGCAAGAGGACUGCCAGGGCAAGAAGAGACACAGGAGAUAGUCAUGGCUGGACCCAGACCAGUGGUGCUGAGCGGACCCUCGGGGGCAGGGAAGAGCACGCUGCUGAAGAGGCUGCUGAAUGAUUUUGAUGGGGUCUUCGGCUUCUCCGUCUCCCACACAACAAGGAAUCCGAGACCCGGGGAGACUAAUGGGAAAGAUUACCACUUUGUCUCCCGGGAGGUGAUGCAGAAGGGAAUUGAUAAGGAGGAGUUCAUAGAGAGCGCCGUCUUCUCCGGGAACAUGUAUGGGACCAGCAAAGCAGCAGUCCAGGCGGUGCAGGCCAAGAACCAGAUCUGUAUACUGGACAUCGACAUGCAGGGCGUGAAGAGCAUUAAGAAGACCGACCUGAACCCCAUCUACAUCUCCAUUCAGCCCCCCUCUGUGGAGAUCUUGGAGAAGAGGCUGCGAGACCGCAAGACGGAGUCCGAGGAGAGUUUACAGAAGAGGCUGCGGGCAGCCAGAGAAGACAUAGAGAUCAGUAAAGAGCCCGGUCUGUUUGAUGCCGUCAUCCUUAACGAUGAUUUAGAAGAAGCUUAUGGACAACUCAAAGAUUCCCUCUCGGAGGAAAUUGAGAAAGCUCAGAGCGGGAAGAAAUCCUGACCUGCGCACCUCGCCGUCAUCCUCCCCAUUCCGCAGCCAUUCC